GAUAGUGUUUAGUUGACUGCUGCAGUAAAUUCUAUCCAUGAUGCCCAAGGAAUCUUAUUGAAUCCUAACUGUGUCAGUAAAGUCCAUCCACAAACAUGAAGUUUGUAACACUUCCAGUAUUUCUUUCAAUAAGUGUCAUUCUUUUUGAGACUAUAACAAACAAACCUCUCCAUGGCUGGACACUCAGGGACCAUCGCAGACAGUAUGAAGAAGGACUAGAAGAGAUCAUGAGCUCCUUUAUUGAGAACAUGAAGAAGGAGUUUCUAUGGGGAUUAAAUUUAUCUGAUGUUCCUUCUCAGGACAAAAUGAAGAAAACCCCUCCUCGGUUCAUGAUUGAACUUUAUGAACGACUUGCAGAGGAUAAAACAUUGAAGCCUGUCUCAGACAUUAUCCGGAGUUUUAGUGCUGAAGACAUUCUGUCAUCAUCUGCCUUGGAAGACACAUUCCAGAGCCACAUUGUAUUAUUUAAUGUUUCCAUACCACAGCAUGAGGUGCUGACAGAAGCAGAGCUCAAAAUUUAUGUAUCUCUAUGGAAAAGGUAUCAUGGACACUUGAUGGUAUAUGAUGUCCUUCAUGCAGAGCACUUUGAAAAUUUCAGGUACACUGAUAAAUCAUUAAUAGAAUCAAAAAAGAUUGAGAAGAGUGGCUGGCAGUCAAUUAAUGUUACCAGGGCAGUCAAAAGAUGGAUUGCAUCAAGUAGCAUGCAGAAUAAGCUGGAGAUUUUUCUUGCCUCAGAUACACCUCUGAAUAUCCAUCUUAGAUUGCAAGAUACAGGUGUCAACAUAAACAGCCGCUAUCCACCAAUGCUUCUUGUUUUUUCUAAUGACAAGUGGAGUAAGCUGCAGAAGACACGAUUGGAAAGAAAGGAAAUGAUUUUUCAUGAGGAGAAUAUUAGCACACAAAUUAUUUCAAAAAACCACACUGUGAAACAUGCAAACGUUGACCGUAAAAAAAGGAAUACUGGACUGGGUAUGGGUAAGAUGAGGCUCAAGCGAAGUCAAGCAAGUAACUAUUGCAGGAAAUCGUCCUUAAAAGUGAAUUUCAAGGACAUUGGCUGGGAUUCCUGGAUAAUUUCUCCAACGGAAUAUGAUGCUUAUGAAUGCAAAGGAGAGUGCUAUUAUCCUCUUACUGAUAACCUAACACCUACAAAGCAUGCUAUUAUUCAGACACUGAUGCACUUCAAAAACCCAAAAGUCACAAAAAAGGCCUGUUGUGUGCCCACUCAAUUGGAACCUAUAUCUAUCUUCUAUAUAGAUGAUAAAGGAGUACCAACAAUGAAAUAUAAGUAUGAAGGGAUGAAAGUUGCAAAAUGUGGCUGCAGGUAGUAAAUAUCAUGAUAUGUCUAUCAAAGAAUUUGCCAUUUUGGAUUGUAAGGAUAAAAUAAGCAAUACUAACUGCUCAUAGGGUACCAUUGAACCUUUUAACAUGUUCAAAAAGUCAUUCUUAGUUAAACAUGCUAAUUUAUUAGAACAUGCACUCAAGAAAGACAAUGUAAAAUAUACAUCAAGCAUUUGUACUGAGAUUUUGCUGCUGAUCAGAGGCCUUAAAAGUAUUCAGAAUCAAGCAAUACAGUCUUGUACAGUGUACAAGUAACUCUUACAUUUUGUAGGGAUCUGCAUUAGCCAUUAGAUUGAUUUACAGAGAUUUGCAUAAUAAGGCACUGUAAAGAAAGGUAGUUUGCAGUUACAAAAAAAUAAAACAUGCACAAAACAAGUUAAAGUGGAAAAACUGAACCAGGAACGAUAGGUGACAUUCUAGGUAUUGUUUAUGACAAUAAUAUUUUUUCUAGGGGGAACUUCAUGGAGACAAAAAGGUAAAUUCUGAGUUCUCUAAAUGUUUGCUAAUAUGCCAUGUCAGACCAAUGAAAUAACACAUCUUGAUCAUUCAUAAAAAAAAUCAACCCUCCUUAACAACAAAUGGUUUAAUGAUCAGCUGGAAAAAAUUACUGUAAAUAUGGACAUCAGAUUAAACACACUUACUUCAGUGGUUUAGGAGUCCGUUAAAGGGGUGGUUCACCUUUAAGUUAACUUUUAGUAUGGCUAAUUCCAGGCAACUUCUCAGUUGUCUUUUGUUUUUUAUUUGGUAUAGUUUUUGAAUUA